AUGAUUGAAAAAGCUUAUCCCCAGUUUUGUGUCAUCAGGGAAAUGAAAGAGCCUCACUUGAAUUCCCUUGGAGAAUGUGGGCAAACCAGCCCUGCAACUAUUCCAGACAAAUCUUGUGAUCCUGUGAUGCGUGGGCUCUCACCCAGGUGCCAAAUAAUGGGUGAACUUCUGGGUAGGAGAAUAUACUGCACCAUGGCUGAGUGUGGGGUCACAAGGAUGGUUCUGGGACUUUCAGCCUACUCUACUUUUUAUGUGACUGUAGACAACCUCCUUCCACUGUUUUCUCAUUUUGUUAAGGGAGUUGGGGGCUUGUCUUUAAGGUUCCUCUAUAGGUACUUUGAGUUUCUCUGGCUAGGAGUAAUCCUUGGACCUCUUCUUAUCUCUGGUAGAUACUUUCCUCUGCAGAAGACCAGUUUCUGGAAGAAUAUAGCCCUUCUCUGGCUUUUCUUGCUCUUUUUGGAGAAGACAUCAGCAAAUCUAUCCAUAAAAUUAAGAGAGAAUCCAGGAGUGUGCCCCAGGGAGAGGUUUCACUGUACGACUGAAGUCCAAAACUUGUGUUAUAAUGAUUUUGAUUGCAAGGGACACCAGAAGUGCUGCAAUUUCAAUUGUGGUCUGAAAUGCAUGGAUCCAGACCUAGAACCCUGCUUGUUACCUGUAGACUUAGGAUGUGGUACCGAGAAUAAAAAGCGCUGGUAUUAUGACGCUAAUGAUAAAUCAUGCAAACAAUUUAAAUAUCGAGGCAACCAUGGGAAUAUCAACAACUUUUUUAGCCAAGAAGACUGUGAGAAGGCUUGCUCACUUGUUUUCAAAGAAGGACAGUGUCCAAUCUUCCCUGUCAAGAAACGUGAGAUCUGUCCAGAUUCAUGUAGGAGUGACUACGAUUGCCCCCUCUAUAAAAAGUGCUGUGAAACCGUGUGUGGCUUUUCUUGUGUUAUAGCUUGGACAGUCAAAGAAGGUUACUGCCCAAGAAAGCCCACGAAUUGUCCCAAAAUAGAUAAGCCUACAUGCCUGCAAGAUGUUGAUUGUCCUCUGUCAGAGAAGUGCUGUUCACUUUGUGGUCUAAAGUGUAUGAAUUUCAGAAAAUGA